CAAGGCCAUGUGCCUGGGAAAAGCAACAUGGCGGACAAAUACUAACUUGUUUUGUAUAUAUAUGGAUUGAAAUAUCUCUCAUUCUAUGCGGCCGAAUGWUUAAAAAUUCUAGGAGGAGUAAAAUAGUUCAUURAAGUUUUAUAUUUUAACGGAACUUGCCGUUAUUUCAUUGCUGGCUGCUCAAAAUAUGGCAAAAAAGAAAGCYCYUGGAAAACCAAAUCAAGGAAAGGCCAAGAUGAAGAAGGGCAAAAAUACCCAGCAUUAUAAACGCAAGAAGAAGGAAAAAGAAGAAGAAGAACUGGAAGUAGUCGAGGUUAAAGACUUUGCUAAUGAAGAAGAAGAUCAUGGAAAAUCUGAUGAUGAUGCAAUGGAAACCACUGAAACAAGAAGGCUGGUUUCACAACAAAAUAAAAAGAAAAAGAAAUCUGGUGGUUUCCAGUCAAUGGGUCUCAGUGCACCAGUAUAUAAAGGAAUCAUGAAGAAAGGAUACAAAAUCCCUACUCCAAUACAAAGAAAGGCUAUACCAGUUGUUAUGGAUGGAAAGGAUGGUGUAGCAAUGGCAAGAACAGGAUCUGGGAAAACAGCUGCAUUUUUGAUCCCAAUGUUUGAGAAACUUCAGUCUCAUUCUGCAAAGACAGGAGCAAGAGCUUUGAUUCUUUCACCAACAAGAGAACUGGCUAUGCAAACACUCAAGUUCAUUAAAGAGAUUGGUCGUUUCACAGGUUUAAAGUCUGCUGUUGUYCUUGGUGGGGACAGUUUUGAGAGUCAAUUUGCAGCAAUACACAAGAAUCCUGACAUUAUUGUGGCAACACCUGGUCGUUUUCUUCAUGUCAUUACUGAAAUGGACCUUAAGUUAUCGUCUGUGGAAUAUGUUGUCUUUGAUGAAGCAGAUAGACUCUUUGAGUUGGGGUUUGCUGAACAGCUUCAUGAAAUCAUUCACAAACUUCCUGAUGCAAGACAAACUCUACUUUUCUCUGCCACACUACCAAGACUUCUUGUAGACUUUGCCAAGGCUGGUUUGACAGACCCAACUCUCAUUCGCUUAGACGUUGACUCAAAAAUAAGUGAUCAGUUAAAGAUGGUCUUUCUUCACUGCAGAGCAGAUGACAAACAAGCGAUUCUUCUGCAUUUACUUCAAAAUGUCAUCCAAUCAACUGAGCAAACACUAGUCUUCGCUGCUACAAAACACCAUGUGGAAUACUUAAAAGAGCUUCUUCAAAUGAGUGGKAUAAGCUGUUCAUAUGUAUACAGCUCACUUGACCAAACAGCCCGAACGAUCAACGUUAGCAAGUUUCAACACAAGAAAACCAUGGUAAUGGUUGUUACGGAUGUCGCAGCUCGUGGUAUCGAUAUUCCUAUGUUAGAUAACGUUAUUAACUUUCAUUUCCCUGCAAAAUCAAAGCUUUUUGUUCAUAGAGUUGGUCGUGUUGCCAGAGCGGGAAGGACAGGAACUGCGUAUUCUCUAGUCGCCAAUGAUGAGGUAGCCCACAUGUUGGACCUWCAUCUYUUUCUUGGUCGUCCACUCAGACUAGCAACCACWGAAUCCACCAGUGAAGAGGCAAAUUUAUUCGGAGGUGUUCCGCAAAGCAUUGUGGAUGAGGAGGAUGACUUCUUGAGAACUGCGCAUGAUCAGUCRUGUGAUUUGGCGUCUUUACAAGGAGUUUAUAYCAAUGCAUAUAAACAAUAUUUACGUUCAAGACCCGUUGCCUCGUCAGAAUCAGUCAAACGAGCCAAGGAAUUGGUUACGUCUUCCAUAGCAGUACACCCGGUGAUAGGGUCAGUCGGGGACCAGUCAUCAAUCACACAGGCACAGCUUCUCGAAGGAGUUCGAAACUUCAAAUCUCGUCAGACGAUUUUUGAGGUGGGUCCAACCUCCAAAACCAAUGGCCAUCACGUGAUGAAGCUUAAACGUAAAAGACACGGAGAAGUUAUAGAAAAAGCCCAGCAAAGAAAACAUGAACAACAGAUGAAAGACACCACAAGACAGUUUGAGUCAUCUGAACAAUGUGACUUAGCAGAUGAUAGCGAUGUCAAGAGUCUAUUCACAACAGUCAUUGAUUCUGGUAAUAAGAAACGCAAUAAAUAUGAGCCUUCAAAGACUUAUCGAGAUGAAAACUACAUUCCUCACCGUUCGACAGACCAUUAUGCUGAAAAAGGAUUCGGACUUGAGAUCAGUACAUUUGAGAAAGAAGUAGCCGGUUCAGUGAUCGAAAUCAAAGGCGAUGAUGACCAGGGACUUCGUCGAUCAAAAAGCGUCAAAAAAUGGGACAGAAAGCGAAAAUUAUUUGUUGGAGCCGAUGAAAAUAAGAAAAAGAAGAUUAGAACAGAAAGCGGUGCACUUAUCCCUGCGACGUACAAAAAAGAUAUAUAUAAGAACUGGAUCAAGAAGAACAAGAUGGACGCACCAGGAAGGAACAUGGACGACAAUGAUGAACCUUCAGGACAUCGCGGCAAGAAAGGUAAAUUSGGGAAACGAGGAACAGGGAAAUCUAAGAGCGGAGCACCUCGGAGCGAACUGAAAUCCAAAGAUCAGAUUCUCAAAGCAAGAAAAAAGAAAGAACAACUAAUGAAGAGACAGAAAAUGGGYAAAAUCAAAAAUCAAAGACGGAAAAUGAUGAAAGGAAAAUAAUGGUGCAUUCUGGGAUAUCAGGGGAGGCGCCACGCCGUCCUCACGGUGGCGUUCAACGUUUCUUUAUUAAAAACAACAAACAAACAAGCAAAGUUUCGAACCAUAGCUAUCGAAAGUCGUCAAACUACCCCACGAUGUUAUCCUGCACUUCCCAAAUCAAGAAGGCGACGCACAUGUUGAGAUUAUCAGCKCGUGUUUCUCUCAAAACUCAGCCAGUGCGAGGGAAAAAGGGCGUUUGCAAAAGUAAAAGAGUAAUUGCAAUGAAGGAGACUAGAACUACUUCUGAAGCGACAUGAACUUCCCAUUUUAUUUGUGCAUUUUGGAAUUUACACUCCCUAAAAAGCUAUCAGAAAAGUCACAGUCCAUCACUAACAAAAUCGUACACGUUAUCUUUUUCAUCUUUUUCAUUUUAUUUUGUGGUCUUGUGCUUGGKUUUUUUUUAGCCAUGUUUACAUGAAAUAAAGAACCUCUAGGAACUAGA